CACAGGAGAAAAACAGGGUGGUCGUUGAGUAAAUCCAAAUUCGACUCUUUACUGAUUUCUCUUCUAACAACAUGAACGCCUGCAGCCAGGAAACCAGUCAGACAAGUAGAAAAAAGCGAGCAGAGCGAGAACAAGAGGAAAGACUCGGAGACUUCUCGUGGAUCUGAUACAUUUUUUUGCACUUCUGCUUUAUACAGCAUGAACAUGCCAAAGAGGAUUGUCCUACUGGGGAAAACUGGAGUUGGAAAGAGCAGCCUGGCAAACACCAUAUUUGGAGAAGCCACAUUCAAAAUUAGGCAAUUUAAUGACUCAAAAACACAUUGCUCUCCAGCCGAAACCAAAUGUGUCAAUGGAAGAAGCAUCACUUUGAUCGACUAUCCCGGUUUCUUUGAUGCAGGCAGGUCUGAGACGCAGCAGAAGUGUGAGACAGUUGCGUGUAUCACAGAGAGCGCUCCUGGGCCUCAUGCUUUUCUCAUUGUUCUUAAAGUGGAGAGAUUCACCGAGCAGGAGAAGGCUGUCAUUACACAAAUGUGUGAAUAUUUCUCUGAAGAUGCUCUAAAAUAUGCUGUUGUGGUCUUCACUCAUGGUGACCAGCUCCCUGAAGGAAUGAAAAUGGAGGAGUAUGUUGAGCAAAGUGAAGGUCUCAGUGAUCUGGUGAAGAAGUGUGGCGGCCGGUGCCACGUCGUUGAUAAUAAAUACUGGAGGACCAACGGAGAGGACCAAUACAGAAGUAACCAGUUCCAGGUGGCAGAGCUGCUCAACACCAUAGAUAAAAUAGGGAUGGAAAACAAUAGAGAAUACUACAUAGAUGAAAAGUUGCAAGAAGUAGAGAGAAAAAUCCAGGAAGAGGAAGGGAGUAUUAGGCGCUCAUUGGGAAACAUGUCACAGGAAGAGAUCAGGAAACAGGCUGUAAUUAACAUCCUAAAGAAGCAGAAGAGCAAUGCAGCACGAACACGGAUCAGAAAUUUAGUGGGGUUAGCAGUCAUAGCUGGGCUAGUAGCAACUGUCUCAGCUGUGUUGUUCAAUUCAAGAUCUGGGAAGGUGUUAAAGGCAGCCCCAAUAUUUAACAAAGAAAUCACAGCAGAAGCAUUGGCAGACGUGGUGGCAGAAAAAGUUGCAGCUUUAGACGUGGCUUCACCAGCCACUGGAAUAGCAGAGGCAGUUGAGGUAAUAACCACACCAGUGAGUGUAAUACAAAAGACAUUUGAAGUUGUCAUGGACAAACUUAAUGCUUUGUAUGAAAAAACGUACAAUCCUUGGAAUCUAUUUGAAUGAAUCAAAAAAAAAAA